UAGGCCACGUAUUACAAACUUAGCUUUCUUUCUUUGAUCCCCUUUCGAGCUAUAGAAUAUUCCUCCAUCCAUUUCGUCUUUCCCAAACUCUCAUCCUUGUACCGAAGCUCACAACAGAGAGCAUAAUAAACAAUGGCAUUAGCUGCGAAUAGCGUCAUAAUAUCCCAUAACACAGCUUUCACUUCCUUUGAUUUCCCUUCUUCUAAGUUUAUCUCAAAUCUUCAUUCACACUUUCAUCGUUUUCCUCGUAUUACAAUCACCACCACUCCCUCUUCCUCUUCCUCCAUCGCCAAGGCCACUCUAUCAGAUGUUCAACUUCAAGACCACAAGAACAAUACCUUCAAUACCACCUCCACCACUACUUGGUCAGAAUUUGCCACAAAUGUCUCUGGUGAAUGGGAUGGUUUUGGAGCAGAAUUCACAAAUGAAGGGAACCCAAUUGAGCUUCCUGAAUCUGUUGUCCCAGAAGCUUACAGAGAGUGGGAAGUAAAGGUAUUUGAUUGGCAAACUCAGUGCCCAACUCUUGCUCAACCAGAGGAACCCCUUCUUAUAUACAAGUCAAUAAAGCUACUUCCCACAGUUGGGUGUGAAGCCGAUGCUGCCACACGAUAUAGCAUAGAUGAGAGAAGUAUUGGAGGUCAAGAUGAUAAAGUUUCUGCCUUUGCAUAUCAAGCUAGUGGAAGCUAUGUAGCUGUGUGGCCAAGUGAGGGUAAUUCAUCGUUGGAGUUGGAGUAUUGUUUGGUUAAUCCUCAAGACCGAGAGUCGCGUGUGAGAAUUAUUCAGGUUGUGAAUGUAGAUGAUAGGAAGAUGGUGUUACAGAAAGUUCGAGUCUUUCGUGAGCAGUGGUAUGGGCCUUUUAGGAAUGGUGAACAGUUGGGUGGAUGUGCUAUCCGGGAUUCUGGAUUUGCUGCCACAGAUGCCAUGGAAGCCUCAGAUGUUGUUGGUGUUUGGCAGGGCCCCCGUGCUGUUGCCAAGUUCGAUGCUUUUCACACUGACUUACUUCAAGAACUGCGAGAUGACGGUGUCAUGAAGUCAGUAAGAGAUGAAUGUGACCUCAUAUUUCUUCCCAAGCAAUUGUGGUGUUCAUUUAAACAAGGUACAGAUGGUGAAACUUGUAGUGAGGUGGGAUGGCUCUUUGAUAAUGGGCAAGAAAUCACAUCAAGUUGUAUCUUCUCUGCUGCAAAGUUGAAGGGAGUCUCCAUAGCACGUGAAACUAGAGCUGCAGAGGGUGUAUAGUCAUAGUAAUUAAUUACGAUUUGAGUCCAGCCUCUACCAAAAAGAAAUAGCCUUGCCAUUUGACUUGUACAUUAAAUGCAAAUCAAAUUCAAUCAUAAAUAAAGCAAGUUGUAAUGAAGUGUAUCUUACUAUAUCUUACAUUUACCAUAUCUUAAUGCCUUCAUAUUA